UACAUAAGGGCGGCGGGUGCCGGCGCUCUCCCGGCGGUGCCGGCCCGGCCGCGGCGCCCGCCCGUUAUGCGGGCUCGCCGGCGGAGUGGCGCCGUGGGGACUAUGGCCGACGGCAACGCCGACUGGAUGGGCUCGCUACCGCCCGCACUGCGCUCCCUGCCGCUCUCCAACCUCGCCAUCCCGGGAUCACAUGAUUCUUUCAGCUACUGGGUCGAUGAGAAAUCUCCAGUGGGACCAGACCAAGCAACAGCCAUCAAACGUUUGGCCAGAAUUUCCUUGGUUAGAAAGAUCAUGAAGAAAUGGUCAGUGACUCAAAAUUUGACUUUCAAAGAGCAGUUGGAAGGCGGCAUCCGCUACUUUGAUCUUCGAGUAUCUUCCAAGCCUGGGGAAAUAGGACAAGAAAUUUACUUUAUACAUGGUUUGUUUGGCAUCAAAGUAUGGGAUGGGCUGAAGGAAAUGAAUAGUUUUCUUGAGCAGCACCCCAAGGAAGUAAUCUUCUUAGAUUUCAAUCAUUUCUAUGCCAUGGAUGACAGCCAUCACCACUUCUUGAUCAACAGGAUCCACUCAGCAUUUGAAUCCAAACUUUGUUGUGUUGAAUGUGUAGAAUAUGUGACAUUACUGUACAUGUGGGAGAAGAAACACCAGGUUCUCAUAUUUUACCACCACCCUUUGUAUCAGGAAUAUCCCUUCCUGUGGCCAGGUAAUAAAAUGCCAGCACCAUGGGCUAACACAACUAAUGUGCACAAACUGCUGCAGUUCCUGGAGACUACUCUGGGGGAACGAAGUCGAUAUGGGACUUUCCACGUUUCUCAAGCAAUUCUCACACCUCGAGUGAAAACGAUUGCGCGGCAUCUGAUUCGUGGUCUGAAGAACACACUUGUUCAUAGGAACCUGCCCAUGAUUUUGAAUUGGGUGAAAGCACAGAAGCCUGGUGUUAUGGGUGUUAACAUAAUUACAUCAGACUUUGUGGAGCUGGUUGAUUUUGCUGCUACAGUUAUUGCACUGAACAACCUCCUUUUGGAAGACGAUGAAUCUACAACUUAAAUCCUGAUUGCUGUGUUCCACAUGUGCUCCUUAGUGCACAUCUUUGAACUAUGCUUAAUGUUUUACUUGUCAAGUGAAACCUAUUGUAAUCUCUUUUUAUGAAAAAAAGUUUCCUAGAGGAAACGUGGUUAAACAUCACAUACAGUCAGGUCCCUUCUCCUGGAGUCGUGUGGACCUGAGUGAGCCGAGUGCUGUGUGUGUGCUGCUGUGUCAGUCUGUGUGUGCGUGCUCUGUUUGGCUGUGCACACAUCUGCUGCGGACAGGGGCUGGCCUCUGGAGCAGAUGUACCCCAUUGUGGCAUGCAUCUCCUUGGUGACCAUACUCCCAGUGCCCCUGUGUGUGCAUCCUGCCUGCUUCCCAUGGCCAGGGCUCACUCUAGAGAUCACUGCUAAUCCCAUGGCAGCAUGACCAGGCUGGCUGGGUGGCAUUGUUCUUGGGCCACCGCUGGUAUAGCUGGUCUCAGCUGGAGGCUGCUGCUCUGUUCGUGAUGCUGUUUUAGACACUACUUCUGACUUACUUGAAGAGACAGUACUGCUGUUGUUCAGGAGGAAGCUGUUAAUGCCACGUUAAAUAUCCAAACUGUCUUUUGGGCCUGAGAGGUGAAGGCUUGGCAAGAUCUUUUUUGACCUCUUUAUUUUACUUUAUUACUUCAGUAAAUUAGUUGCAGCCAUGCUUAAAUAUAUUUCUUUUGGCAUUAAUUUGAAGAAUAUUUCAGUCUUCAGAUUUUGAGGAUUAUGACUCCAGUCUGAAUUCCUGUUUCCUGUGACAUAAGAGCAUUCAUUUUUCUGACUUCCUAGGACAUUUAGGAAACUACAGUAUAACCUUUCUCUUUUACCUCUUGGUCACUUGAGGUUUUUUAAUCCUUCACAUUUUCUUUGGGGAAAGUCUAUCACCCAGGCAGCCCUUCUCUGGAAGGAGGUGAGCCAAGUGGGGGCUUGCUUGAUAUUCGGAGAACUGGAGGUAACAUGGAAUGCUCAAAUCCGAAAUAUUGGAUCACUGUGAUUUGUGAUGGGACAGUGAAUUCUGCAGUCAGACCUGAAAACUGUGCUUUUUAGAUAGAGAGCCACACCUAUUAAGGGAGAAAUUUCUCCAGCCUUCACCUGCUUGUGACAGAGUAAGCAAUAAUCACACAAGCACAGGUGGGUGUUAGCACUGCUUCUUUUUUUAGUCACACUUAUUUUUGUGGUGGUUCACAAUUAAGUGUGACCUUGUAUGUUUGGGCCAAUGCAAUCAUAUAUUGGUACUUAUCAGCACUUAAUUUACUAGCUGGUAGUAUCCUAUGGUCCGAUUUAUAAUCGUUGUUGUUUUUUUAAAGAGCACAAAAGGGACUGAUUAGCAGAUACGUCUCUGCUCAGUCAUCUUCCUGAAGAAACUAUUGGUGCACUAAUUAUUCACUGAUUAUGAAUUUGUGUUUAUCUCUAAGCUUAUUUAUUAUAGAAUGAAUUGCCUAUAUAUAUAUUUAAUUCAAAGGAAAAAUUAAUCUCCAGAUUUAUUACUUCUUUCAUUGUUUUAUCCUGUUUCUGCCAUCAUGGUCUGACAGCUGUGAAAAAUCCCAGCCUUCUUUGUUUGCUUGUCACAACUCAGGAGAAUUGUAAAGGUUUGAAAACCUUCCAUGUGAACCUUGGCCAAGUUCAGAGCAGACUGUAAUCUGAUUUAUCUGUUGUUUGCAUGGCUUUCAUUAGAGUUCCUUGAAUUUUUUAACUGAUUCAUUUCUCAGAGGGAGUUUGGGGUAGGGGAAGUGCUUGUCACUCACUGUCUCCUUUCCACUUGUGUCUCAGUGAUAGGGGACAAGUCAUAAAAAUCAGGGUUUGGGAACUAUUUUCAAAUUUCUAGUUUAAUACUUCCUUUUAAAACCACAGCAGAAGGUUUUUAUUAGGUUUGGUAAUUUUUUUUAUUUGUUGAUGAAACCAUCAGAACCUGUUUUGAACAGUUCUGUUCAGUCUGCAAGUUUAUUUAAAAUACCUGGAUUUUCCUUAGCUGAAUUUUAUGUUUACUUUACUACUGCUUUACUCAUGGCCCCAACUGAAACUCCAUGUGGAUUUGGUUUUGUUUGUUUUCUUCUGCAAAUUGUCUUGAUGCUCAGAGCUCAGUUGGGUGUUAACACUAAGGCUGUGGGUUUGAUCCCUGUAGGGGCCAUUCAGUUCAGAACUGGAUUCAUGACCCUUACGGGUUGCUUCCAAUCCAGAGUAUUCUGUGACUCUCUAACUUGACUUGAAUGCCAGUGAGGCAGAAAUAAUACCUUUGCAAGGUUCCCCUGCAGAACCGGAAGACAAAGCAAGGUGAAGUGAGUAUGAUGUUUGUAUUUGACCCUUAAUAUAUUUUGUACUGUGUGUGUGUAUGUGUGUGUAUAUAUAUAUAUAUAUAUAUAUCUGUCUCAAGAGAGAUUUGGCUUAACCAAUAAUUGUAUUGUGUGUGCACAGUAAUGAUGACUGUUAUUAGUCCUUCUGCUGUAUUUAUUUGAAUAGAGAUGGGAUGGGCUCAGGACUUUGGUUAGACAUUUUUAAGUGCAAAUUCAGAAGUUUCUCAAUGUAUUGGCUGUUAGUUCUUGCCUCUUGAAACAUGCUGGGUGUUAAGAGUGUUAGCAGGGGGAAAAGAAAUGGAAAAUAAAUUUAGUAUUAAUGGUUUAAGUAUGUGGGGGGAAAACAUUUCUGUAAGUUUGGCCUGUCAGGAGAGGCUUCUGUGUCAUUUCAGAGCAUGGUGGUGUGCUUCCAGUGUGAGGAACCUGACAGUUUUAAAUGGUGAGUUGGGCAAUUAGCAGGUAACAUUUGUCUAUGACAUGACAUCUCCCUUGGCUACUCUGGGCAGCAUUCAUGUUGGUGUUUAGAAUUGGUCCUAGGGUUGUCCGGAACAAUCCCAAGCAAUAUGAACUACCUUUUAUGUAGUCUUACACAGAGAAAAGCUAUCCAUAUAAUGGGCUUAUCUUGCUUACUCAACACCAAAACAUAUCCAGACUUCCUCAUGCUUUGCAAAAUUGAGCUCAUCUAGGCUUGGACUUUGGAUUGUGGACUCUAUUUUCCAGCAUUACAAAAUUAAAAAGUGUUUUGGGCAGGAAGGGAGGAUCAAGGAAGUAGGGCAGUAGUUUGCAUCCAGUGCCCACAUGGUAGGUGUGGCAGUGCUUAGCACAGUUCUGGGCAGCCGAGUGGAGCAGGUCUGGCCGGUGAGCGACAGCACUGCAGCUCACACUGAGGCACUUGGCCAAGUCUGGCCCCUCAGUAGUCUGCCCCUGAGGUCAGCAAAUAACAGCCUGCAAGAUCAGGAUGUGUGAGCUUGAGGAGAAUAAAGAUGGGUAUGAGCACAGGAGAAGGCAGGAGGUUCUUACUGUUGGUGCAGAUAUGGUGAAUACAAUGGUUUUAGUCCUGCUUGUAUAUCCCUAAAGCAGUAGAGUUCACUUUUAAACAGGCUAGGAAGAAAACCUCCCCAGAAGAGUUGUUCUGACCCCUUGAGCAUUUGGUAGGUGCUGGGAGAACACAGAAAACAUGCAGCUGCUUGAGGCAAAGUCCUUAAACUGUGUAUUCUGAAUAAUUACACAUGUAGUUUGUUAUUAAAGAUUUAGGUUAGUUAUAUACUGUUUUAUGACUGUUGUUUCUCUUCCUGGUGUGCAGUCUCUGAAUGCCAAGCACAGUGGUAGCAUUCCUCUUCUCCCACUGAUUGCUGCCAUGUGUGAUUUAAGGGUAUCUUUGAGGUACAGUAGACCUCUGUUUGUAUCCCUGAUAGGAAGUAGCUGAUGCCUGGUAUGGAGCAUCUGUGAGUUUUUAGCCUCUUACUGUGUCCCAUAGGUGACAACAAAAAGGAAGUUAGUACUAUAUUUUGCAGACUGACAAUCUGUUGGCUUUUACUUGGGGACAACUGUCAUAAUGUAUUGAACUGCAUAGGGAAAUGGUGGAGUCACCGUCUCUGGAAGUGUUCAAAAUGUGUGGGUAUGGCACUUGAAGAUAUACUGUAGUAAUGAAAACAGCAGUGAUGGACUUGAUGGUCUUGGAGGUCUUGUCCAACCUUAACAAUUCUGUGAUUCAGAGUAGAAAUGCUGACUGCAAAAAUGCUUGUAUUCUGUUAACAGCCUCUUUUGAGGGAAGAUUAAUGGGGAAAUUGUGUCUUUACUCCGAACACAUGCUGGACUUUGCUGUUGUUGGUACCGACUUAACUGAAUGUUGGAGUUUAAAAGCACCUUAACUGUAAGGUUGAAAAACACUUUUGAGUAGGGAUUUUGGCUCAAACACGAGUAGGGCUUCUGCCAACGUGCUCGUUUAUUCUCAUCUGGCUAAUCCUUUGGAAAUAAUUCUUUUGUGUACCUCUUUCAGGUGUCAGAGUUCAUUGAUGCAUCAUUUAGCAGACCAAGAUUUAGCAUUGAGAUAGAUAAAGAGAGAGAGCAUGGAUAUUUUGAUUUAGAAUUGGGUUGCCUAUGGAAGUCUUACUGAGCAUAUGUGACUUGAGGUUUACUUAAAUAUGUAGUAUUUAAUAUGACAUUCAUAUGCUGUUUUCAUAAGACUUUCAUCUUGACUUGAACAUGUAGUUACCAAACCCUAAUAAGCAAAUUUUUUGGUCAGAUGGCCACUAUUUGGGACAAAACUACAGGCAACUUUUCAAUGCUUGUUAAAGCACAGAGAAAUUGUCUCAUGUGGGGAACAGAACUGACUCAAAAAUUAUUUGAAGUAUAGAUUAGGUCUAAAUGAAGUUUUUUUGGCAGUGAAAAAUAAGAUUUUUUUUUCUACUUCUUUGACAAAUUCUUAUUCCAGCUUUGGUUUUUAGCUCAACAGAUGGGUAGAAGAGCCAGAGCAUAUGGUGAGAAACAAAUAAAUUUUAUGCUAAGGACAUGUAUUUAGGACUAACUGUGGUAGGAUGAUUUACUUAAUGACACCUUUAAUGGUAAUCCUAUCAGCUCUUUGGUCUAGGCUGUUAAAUCAGUCUCUUUUGCAUUAAAAAUAAUCCGUCCCACUAAUUCAAUGCAUCUGUUCUGUUGAAGUGUGUAUACUUCUAUAUGCAUAUUUAUUUCUUUAAAAGUCUUACCAAGUAAACUGUUAAUUGUAGGGACUGCAAUAGGAAUGUCAACUUUAGAACUGUAUGCUGAAUCUGCUUAUAUUUUAUAUUCAUGAAUAUUUUUGCAUUGUGUGUUGUCCAUUUAAAUAGUACUUCUCUUACCCUUUGGACCUGUAACGCCAUCUACGUUGAACUGCAGUGUAUUCUUAAUUUUGAAAGAAAUGUUGAUCAGCACACCCUAUAUAAAAGUAAUGUAGAUGGUUCUUUGGUUUUUCUCCAUGUCAAAUGUAUUUUCCAGACGGAUUUUUUUUUUUAAAUUUAUACUGUGGAAGAGUGCAGAGGGGACCAGGUGAAGAGGAGUUACCAAUUCUCAGUAUUUUGUGCAGUUUGUCUUCUAAUGGCAGUUUGUGCUUUACCCACCUGUCUGAUUCAGUUUUGUGAAACCAGGAUGCCUCAUCUGAACUGGAGAUAAAUCUGGGGUUUACAUCUGUUUCUUCUGCUUUAUAUCAUUGGGAGUUUUAAUCCUGAAAAUAAAAAGUACAGCUUGAGCUAA